AUGGAUUUAGGUUUUAGAGCAUCAUUUCAGCGUGAACCAUUCAAGGAUGACCCAAAGUCAGCAAAUACAGACUUUAUCCCCAGUCGAGGACCCACUGUGCAAACAGCAGAGGAUAUCUCUAAGUUGCAGAACACUCAGCCUGGCUUAUUGCAAAAUGGCAAUAACUCACGUGCGAGGCAGGAACUGCAAAGACUCUAUAAGUCAUUUCAUUUAUGGCUGCAGCCAGAAAAACACAGCAAGGAUGAAAUUAUUUUUCAACUUGCCCUGGAACAAUUUAUGAUCAAUAAGCACCACAGUGAAAAGUCUACUUUUAAAGAGAAAUGGGAAGCUAGUGGUGGAGACCUGGAGAAAUUCACAGAAGACCUGCAUGAUGACUGCAUAAAGCUACCUGACUUGGUCCGUGUCCGCAUGCAGGGGCAGGAAGCCCUCUUUUCAGAAAAUAUGCCCUUAAAAGAAGUCAUCUUUCAUCUAACCAAUCAGUUGUCAACAGGAGGGAUGAACAUGGGAACUCCGUCCUGGACUGUGCAAGAUAUGUCCCUGGAAACAGGACAAAGAAAUGAAGAUAAAGAAAAUGAUGGCAACAUUUCUGUUAAAACUCAUCAAGUAAAUGACAGUAUUACUAGUCCAAGCAAUCAAAUACCUUCCCUAAUCAUUGUCCAAGAAGAGAAACAUCCGAGGCUGGAAGAAGGAGGUGUUUCUCUGGAGAAUCCACGAAGCUCCAGAAGAGGAGCAGGUCCAGGCCCCUCCAGGCCCCAGGACGGAUCCCUGAAAGGACCCUGCUCUCAAGAUGUCCUCAUGGAAGUGGAACCAGACCAGGUCACCCCUGAGCCUGUUUCUAUCCGCCAGAGCUCUGAGGGGACUUCUGCACGUGAGGAACACCAGGAAAGAUCCCAUAGAGCCCCAGAAGUAUACAGAUGUGAGAGAUGUCCCAAGACCUUCAGGCAUUCCUCUCGGUUCAGAAUUCACCAAAAGAGACACAACAAUGAGAGAACAUAUAUUUGUGCCGAGUGUGACAAAGGCUUCUUCCAGGCAUCCGACCUCCAUGUGCAUCAGAGGAUUCAUACAGGAGAGAAGCCCUUUGUGUGCAGCACAUGUGAAAUGGCCUUCACCCACAAAACCAACCUUCGGGCUCAUGAGAGAACCCACACGGGAGAGAAGCCCUAUGAGUGUUCCCUCUGCCAGAGACGCUUCCGCCAGUCCUCCACCUACCACCGCCAUCUUAGGUUUCACCAGAAAACGACCCUCAAAAGUGCUCCACACUAA